UAAAGCCUCUCUUUUCUCCAUCGUCUUCCUCAACUGAGCAGCUGCUGUCUGGUUUCUAAGGUCGUUUUGAAAGAAAAGAACAUUCCUAGAAAUGGCAGUUGCAUUCCAUGACGUCAACUCGGCUGCUGGCCUCAAGAAAUUGGACCAGUACUUGCUCACCCGUAGUUACAUCACUGGGUAUCAGGCUUCCAAGGAUGAUAUCACUGUCCAUGCUGCUCUGUCCCAGCCCCCAUCAUCUGAAUUCGUGAAUGCGUCUCGGUGGUACAAUCACGUUGCUGCACUUCUUCGGAUUUCGGGUGUGUCUGGAGAAGGUUGUGGUGUCACAAUUGAGGGCUGUGCUCCCAUCGCAGGGGAAGCUGUUGCCACUCCUCCCGCUGGUGAUUCCAAGACUCAGGCCUCUGCUGCUGAUGAAGAUGAUGAUAGUGAUGUGGAUCUUUUUGGUGAAGAGACCGAAGAGGAGAAGAAGGCUGCUGAAGAACGUGCAGCUGCUGUCAAGGCGUCUGCCAAAAAGAAAGAGUCUGGCAAAUCAUCAGUUCUGUUGGAUGUUAAGCCAUGGGAUGACGAGACUGAUAUGAAAGAGCUCGAGGCAGCAGUAAGGAGUGUUGAGGUUGAGGGCUUACAUUGGGGAGCAUCUAAACUUGUACCUGUUGGAUAUGGCAUUAAGAAGAUGACAAUAAUGCUUACAAUUGUUGACGACCUUGUUUCGGUGGACUCUCUGAUUGAGGAACGUCUUACCGUGGAACCUAUCAAUGAAUAUGUGCAAAGUUGCGACAUAGUUGCUUUCAAUAAAAUAUGAUUGAUGCACUGCAGAGCAGGAGUGGUUUAAAGAUCUUUCUUCUAUGAUAAUGUGUACUCAUAUUUUGUUUCUUGGGUUAUUAUUCCAGACUUAUUGUACUUGAGCUAUAUGAUCUCAGUUUUAAAUGAACAAUCUGGUAGACCUUGGUUUU